GUAGUCGUCAUCAAAACACAAAAAUCGGCGAAAAUUGAAUUCUGCAUCAAAAUGACCAUCAAAUUGAAGAUUUCCGAGUUUGUUGUGCGACGACUGGAAACGAUAAAAAAUGACUGUAGCGGCGGAUUGUUUGGACUGAUGUAUCAAGGAACUCUCAUUUUAUUGGGAUUUAACUUGGAAUCUGACUCUGGCGUUGGUCUCAAUUACAAACGGAUGCAGGAUAAUUUCCCGACAGAAGUCGAUCUAUGCGGACUUGUCAAAAUUGGGUCAGUUUCGAACGCAAAAGCUCAUUUAAAGGAAAUCCUCACAGAUGUCGAUAUCACAGACAACCCAAUUCUGCUGCAUUACAACAACGGCGACAUCAAAGCCUCACUUUUCAUCCACGAAAAGUUGCAAGAUAUUGAUUUCGAGGUGAUGCGAAUCGACGAUUUGUAUAACGAGUUCUUUUUCGUGCGAAUUCAGUGUCAAUUAGCUGCUUUUUGUGACGCCACGGAACAAUCCAUUAAGGAAUCGCUCUUCGGACUGCGAAUAAAUUUGGCGACAGGCAAUAGUAGUUUCAACAUCGCUGGCAGUGACGUGUAUUUAACAGCAACUAGUGUGAUUGGAUGCGACGAAACAAAAGCAAUUUCGAGUCUUUUAACAGAAAAAGAGCUGCAAUCGAAGAAAAAAUCGGCUCCCGUGAAAGAUGACUAUGAAACGUUGAACGUAAAUUUGUUGGUGAAAAAUUCCUUGAAUGCAGAUGAUGAAAAAUUAACGAGAUCCGCUCUAAAUUUGACAAUUGACACAACAAAUAAAAAUCCGAUGAAAAUUCCGAUUGCUGUUGAUGCCUUGAGCAUGUUGAACGUGAAUACGAAACUCAGUUCCUUGUACGAAAUUUUAGUUGAAAGCUUGUGUCGCAUCCUCCGACUCACCGAACGGAAUUUAUUGACGCAACUGAAGACCAGCGGCAAGGAUUUGAACGCGCCAAUCAUGUAUCAUUUCAAACCCGAGGAGUUGGGUCACUUUUUUACGUGCAUUUAUCGUGCCGGGGUAUCAGAUGACGAUCCUUACCUCACGAGUAAACGGAAAAGUCUUCAUCAGCAUUUCGGAUUGCCCGUCACUCGACCUUAUUUCCGUCGCGGAAACGCUUAUCGCUUCAAAAAUUCCAAAUCUCGACUUCUCGUGAACCCCCAUGUGGGUGUCAAAGGCUCCGUUAUCGAUGGAACGCAAUAUCUCGUGCAAGGCAAAUACACGUAUCAUCACUACAUGCAAGAUAACUUCGACGACAAUGGCUGGGGAUGUGCUUAUCGGUCACUUCAAACGCUCUGUUCGUGGUUCAAUUAUCAAGGCUACACGGAAAAUAAGGUACCAUCGCAUCGGGAAAUCCAAAAAUAUCUCGUUGAUGUUGGUGACAAACCUCAAAAUUUCCUUGGAUCACGUCAAUGGAUCGGUUCGAUGGAAGUUUCGAUGUGCUUGAAUCACUUUACAAACGUCGAUUCGAAGAUCAUGCAUGUCAAUUCGGGUGCGGAACUCGCCCAAAAGGGUCCCGAAUUGAAAUUUCACUUUGAGACGCAAGGAACUCCCAUCAUGAUAGGAGGCGGGGUGCUCGCCCACACAAUUUUAGGGAUAGAUUGGAACAGCGAAACUGGCGAAAUUAAGUUUUUGAUACUGGAUCCGCAUUAUACGGGUGUCGAUGACUUGUCCAUUGUGCAAAGUAAGGGAUGGUGUGGAUGGAAACCAAUCUCGUUCUGGGAUAAAAAAGCUUAUUACAACCUUUGCAUGCCACAAAGACCUCACAUAUUUUAGAAAAAAUUCGCAAUUGUUACAAAUUUUUAUUUUUUUCGUUAUUUUUUUCUGUUUCCGGCAAUAAAUGUUAAAAAAAUAUAUUUUUAUACAA